AUGGCUGAUGCAACUGGUCAGAAGCCUGACCCAGGCUUGAAGAUCACCACGGCAAGCUUCUUCCGCAUAGGUACACAGUCGAUGGCCGAAGCCUACAGGAUCCUGGGUUACAGAGCACACCAUGGUCUUGACGACAUCAUAGGCAACCCAUGGGCCACGCUUGAGCAAGCCGCAGACGCGAAAUGGCCUCGCGACAAGCGCCCGAUACCUCCGCUCACGAGGCAGGAAUGGGAUGCCGCCUGGGGUUCCUUUGACGCCGUGACCGAUCUCGCAUCGCCUUUCGCCCUGAACCUGGCCAAAGUGUACUCAGAAGCCAAAGUGGUAAUCGUGCAGCGAGACUUCGACUCCUGGUGGCCGAGCUUCAAAUCGGAGAACUUGGAUCGGUUCUUCAACCCUACAACGGCGAUUCUGAAUUUCAUUGCGACAUAUGUCUUUCGAAUCCGAUCGGGACCUGCCCUGCGGAAAAUGUACUUUGGAUUCUUCGGCGCGAGCAGCGUGCAAGGGAUAGAAGCGAACGCCCGAACUGCUUAUAAUAAACACUUUAGGGAGCUGCACGAGUCGAUACCUCCCGAGAAGAGCCUGGAAUACGAGAUGGGCUCGGACCGGGAGCCAUUGUGCGCUUUUUUGGGCAGAGAGAUCCCCAACGUGGAGUUUCCCCAUAGUAAUGCUCGGGAGCAACAUGCCAAAAAGGGGAGGUCUAACAUGAGAAGGUUUAUGGUCUUCUUUCUGAGCAACACAAUUCUUUGGAUGUUCGCCGUCGUGUUGGGGGUCUGGCUUUUGUAUAGAGUUCCCACGUGA